CUUCGACACCACAAGCUGUAGCGAUGAUGAUGAGCCGCCGCGGCGGAACGAGCGCUGCUCUUCACAAGAAGCUGCUGCUGGCUGCAUGCGUCGUCUCCGCAGUGCUUCUAGCAUUUGCACCCGCGCCCGCGUCCGCUCAAGAUGCUGUGGACGGGAUCACGGAGGUGUUUCUGUGUGGAUUUGAGGCACAGCGCGACUGCGACUUCUCGCGCGGCCCAACAUGCCAGCUGUUCCAGAUUGGAGAGUGCACGCGAUUCGCAUCGACCGCGUUUGAAGAGUUUGGCCUCGAGGAGCUCUUUGUGCGCGUGGACCGCGACAACGACACGUACUCGUACCAGGUGUUCAUCACUGAUGAGUGCACCGGCGACCCCUACGGCAUCCGUGUCCGAGCAGAGGGCCUGCAUCUUGACGAGUGCAGCCCGCUCAUCCUGCAGUUUGUUGGAAAUCAAGCAGACUUCAUCUUCGUCUUGGCGUGCGACCAGUGCGACCGCGGAUCCUCCAUUGUGCCGAACUUGCUUGGGCUGCCAGAUGGCGUCGUCUCCAUCGACUACCCGCGCAAGGCUGGCUCCCUCAUAUCCGCGGCAACAUCAAACAUUUGCGAGGUCCUUGGAAUGGGCCCACCACCCUCCAGCAUCGGCGCCACCACAGUGACUGCGCCCGUUGCCAACCCGCUGGCAGAGCCACACGUCUGGCAGGAUGGUAGCCUUGUCUCAUCCGCCACCGUCACCAGCAUAGCCAGGCGUAUCUGGUGCAACGAGACGACUGAGCGCGUAUCUGAGGUUGGUCCCGCCACGUUUGUGACUGGGACAACCGCCAUCUCGUUCCGCGCGCCCUUUGCAAGCGUGCCCGCAGUGCAAUGGACGCUGCUGUCGUUUUGCUGCAUCAACACCCCGCCAACGCCCGACUUCUUCACCAUCGCUGACGUCUCGACAGCCGGCGUAUCAGCGACUCUGCGCGCCCCAUACACUGUCGUCCGCGUCAUGCUCCACGCCUUCAUCCCAGGCACGGACGCCGCUGUUGCGCGCGUGGAUGCAGAGCAGAUGUUUGUUGGCCACCAGCGCACCAAUCCCUGGCCCUUCUCCAUCGGCCUGCUCAAAGACACCUCCCCUGUUGGCGUCGGUGCACGCCAGGACCACCGCAUCCACUACACCCCGCCGCAUGUCCUCACGUCAUCAUCGCCAUCAUCGCCAUCAUCGCCGGCAGCUGCGUCCCUCAGCCUGACGCUUGCCCCCUCGAGCGUGUUCACGGGUGAUGCGACUGCAACCACACCGGUCGCCGUCAACGCCAUCACCACACAUCCAACCAACGCCUCCAUCACCGCAGGCACCACCUGGGUUGCUGCCUUAUCACCGCCCACACGUAACCUCCCCGGCGUGGCCGUGUCACUUGCACUCCCGGAAUGGCUCGCAUCCACGACGACAACAGCUUCAUCACCGUUGUCAUCCACAGCUACUGCGCUGCCACCGACUGUUGAUCUUCUGGCGGACUGGGAGGCGGUCACAGACACGGUGCUGCCUGGGCACGGCCCGCGUCUCACCACAGCUGCAACUGCACUACCACCGCCAAUCCCACCAACCGUGCUGCUGUGCGAGUACGGUACACGCCCCCGCUGCAGCGCAGGUGGGCCGACCGUCUGCCACCGCUAUGUCCCCGAGCAAUGCCAGCCGCUGCCACCAACAAGCGCGCUGCACGCGUCGUUUGCGAGUGUGCGGCCAGACUGGGCAGACGGCAGCCUGCAGUGGCGUUUCUUCACGGACACCAGCUGCAUCAGCGCCAUUACCGGUGCUGCCGUCACGGCCGCAUUCGACUCCUGCUUCACCGCCACCGCAGCCGCAGCCGCCACCGCGCCACCGUCGAGUGGAACAGCGGCCGUGAUGCUGCGCGCUGUGCACACGUGCGACGCUGCCACGUGCUUUGAGCCGACUGGCAGUGCACCUGCACACCCCGUCAUUGAGGCGGAGACGAUGACGCUGUUGCUUCGUGGUGCGAGCGAGGCCGCGUGGGAGGUGGCCACCUUCACCACCCGUGGGCAGGUGCUGCGUGGCCUUCGCACCACCCGCACCCUCUCCACCCAGAUUGUGACGGCGCUCAUCAACCAGCAGGGUGCGCCCUUCGCCGACGGCCUUCGUGGGCAAGCGAGCGCCAGCCUCUACCUGCACGCCCGCUGCGCCCCGCUCGCCGACCGCGUGUCCUCCGUUCUUCUCGGCCCUCGCGACCACGUCGCACACCAGCCCACCAUCCCCAUCGUCAUCCCUUGCACCGGCGACAUGACGUGGGUGCAUGCAGGCACGCUCGCCCUCACCCCGCUGACGGGCACCAUGCAGCAGGCGCCCUCCCUCAGCGUGUCCCUGCGCAACGUCGCAGACCCAACAGCGCCGCUCGUGUUUGUCGACAAGCUCGCCCUCGCGCCGCUGGGAACGCCGCCUGUGCCGUCGCUGCUGCAGGGGCAACCCCACCCUUCAUGCACGACAUUCCUCACCCGCGAGGCAUGCCCCGUGCCACGCUGCGAAUGGAACGGUGCCGGGCGGUGCCAGUCGCCAACAUCGGCCCGCUGCGGCGCGCUCCCCGCCACAUCCUGCCCUGCUGACUGCCAGGUCAACACCACCACCACCACCACAUCUGCAACGGCAGCACCGCUCGCGUCUGCGGUGUGCGAACUUCUGGAUGGCGCAACCUCAAACCCGGCUCUGUGCUCGGAGUACGUGCUGCACGUUGCCGGCCCAACCGCCAACGCCACGGACAGCGGCAGCGGCAGCGGUGGUGGCAGUUUUGACGCUUCAGAUGAGGACAUUGUGGUGGCGCGUGUCUCUGACCUGAUCACACCUGUAGCGCGUGUGCAGCGGUGGGUCAGUGGCGAUGGAAUCAUGCUGGUGCACAUACUCUGGUCUGCCAACAUGGCUAGCACGCACACCACGCCCACGGCUGCGGUGAUGGCUGCGUCUGUGUCCGACCUGUCAUUCCCGCAAUCGAUCACGGCGCUGCUGGCAUCCCCAGACCUCCUCGCCAUUGCCCCGCUAUCAUCAGCAGCAUCAUCGUCGUCAUCAUCAUCAUCGUCAUCAUCAUCAUCAUCGUCGUCGUCGACCAUGGCGAACGACACCGCCCCAAUCUCCCCCGCCCUCACCGCCAGCGCGCCCCUGCUCACGCUGGACCGCUGGGCACUGAGUACGCUCACCGUGGCGUGCCGCUGUGCUCGCGUUGCCCCGAGCGUGUCGCAGGUUGCGCCCACGCGUGCGGUGGUGGCGGUGGAGACGGCGGCAACGGGCAGUGCGCCACCCACCAUCGACGUGGCGCUGAGCGGGGGCCGCGGGUUUUGGGACUGGGACGGGUUCACGCUCGUGUUCUCGCAGCUGAUGCCAGACACGACGUACACCGUCACCAUUGGGGUUAGCGGCGUGGGCUCCAGCACCACCGCAGCAAACAGCACCUGCAGGCAUGCGGCAUCAUCAGCCAUCUCCUUCCACACACCGCCGCUGCUGCCCAACCUCGACGCAGUCAUUGCACGCCCGCUGUCGUCCAGCGAGGUGCUCUUCCAAUGGACCGUGCCUGCAAGCACGUUUGCAGACGUCGCCUCCACGCUUACGGGCGUCAACGUGCCGGUAUCGUUCCAGUCGCUGUUUUUCCGCGUCUUUGUCGACGGUGCGCCCAUCACCACCAUCCCUGCCCUGUCAGCAGAGGCACCGACUGCUGCUGUUUCGCCCUCGCAUGGAGACAACACCACAAGCGGUGCCAACGAUGUAAGUGACAAUGGGAGCAACGGUGCCCAGCCCACUCCAACCUUCACCGCAUCCCCGUGCUAUGCUGACAGCCGCGGUGGCCCAUACUUGCUGUCAAAGCUCAUCAGCGCCAUGACCUCAACGCCUCCUACGAACAGCAACGACGACGACGGCGACGACGAUGAUGUAGAUGUUGAAGUCCUUGCGUUUGAAUUGCUGGUGCAGCAGUUGCCUGCAGGCACGCGCCAUCGCUUCAGCGUUCAGUUGGUCCACCCGUCUCUCGGGCCGCUUUCCCGCCGCUCUUUGCCCGUGACUGCCACCUCCAUCAGCGCAGCACAACGAGUAGCACGCGUGCGCUUCAAUGAGGCAACCACGCUCGGACCAGAGAGCGAAUCUCGCGCGGUGUGGCUGCAAUGGGAGCCAACUGUUUUGCAGGACGGCACGCGCGCGGCCGCGUACCACGUGCUUGCAGAGGACCUGUCCCUGUACGGUGUGCGCACGCCUGUGUUUGAGGACAUUGUCACAUCAACGGGCGUGUACUUGCGGGUGAACCGCCUAUUUGAGGUUGCAGUGCGGCCCUUGUUCCUGUCGUGCUGGCUGCCAGCCAAGCAAUCGUGCCUCCACUACCUCGACACGUCCGCGCUCCCGCCUGCCACCGCCAUCAACGGCACACAGAACGUUGAGUUCUCGCUCACGUCUGUACCCGUCAUCCUCACGCACACCAUUGAAGGUGACGGGUCCGUGAGCUUUCUCCUGGCGCAGGAGCUUCAGAUCACGGGGUCUACGUUUUGGGUGGUGCGUGAUUCGAACAACCGCACCACGCUCGCGCCGCGCGCAAACGUUGCCUCCAUCAGCAGGGACCAGGCCACCGUCAACGUGCGCGCAUCUCUGCUGCCGUACACCACAUACGCCUUCACCUUCCACAACAACCAGCUUCGAUCCCGCCCUUACCACGUGCUGACAGCGCAGGCGCCGCCAAGCCGGCCCAGCGGGCUGUCCCCAACAGACACAACCACGCGCAGCAUCUCCCUGCAGCUGACGCCACCGGAUCCGCUCAAUGGCGUGCUGCUGGCGUACCGCGUGCACCUCAGCACAGUCACCGACAACAGCACGCGCCCCAUCGCCGCCGCUGCGCUCCCCGCAGCGCGGCUGCCUGGUGGCGGUAUUGGCGCUGAGCCGCUUGUGCUGGUGGUGGACGGCCUGCAGGCUGCACGCGCGUUCUCGCUCAACGUGACAGCGCGUACAGAAGCUGGAGAGGGGCCCGGUAUUGUGAUUGAAGUCCUCACGGCUGCCGUGGACGCUGUGGAGGAUAGCUCUACCCAGGCAUCAUCAUCAGCAUCAUCAACAUCAUCAUCAUCAUCAUCAUCGUCAUCAUCGUCGUCGUCGAGCCGGCCCGUGAGCAAUGGUGGGAUGGUGGCUGCUGCACUAUCUGGGGUUGCGGUUGGCGCGGUUGCUGCCGUGCUGCUGUGGCGGGCUGCUGAGCGGCGGGUGAGGGCUGGGGAGGAGGCACGUCUCUCCAACGCAACGCUGCAGGAAGAGCUGGCGUUUGUACUGCAGAAGCGCUUUGAUGGCUCCUCUGUCGGUCAGGUUGCUGCCACGGACCUGCCGUCGCUGGAGGUACGGCCGACACAAGUCAUCUUCCGGCGCUCGCUCACCACCGGUCGCUUUGGGGCUGUGCAUGACGCAAUCUUCAAGGGCCAGCCCGUCAUCGCCCACCGCCUGCACACCAACAACCGCAUGUUUGAUGUCGCUUCGCUUGUGGCUGAGGCGCGCGUGCUUGGGGCGCUGCACCACCCGAACAUCAUCGAGGUGCUCGGCAUUGCAUCGCAGCGCGCCCCCGUCCUCAUCCUCCACGAGAAAUCAGACCUGGGUGACCUGAAGCGGUAUGUGCAGCAGGAAGGGGAGCGGCGCGCGCUGGGGCCACAGCUGCGCGUGCCGGAUCUGCUCGACUUUGCCCAGCAGAUUGCAGAUGGCAUGCAGCACUUGCACGAGCAUGGCGUGAUGAACGGUGCACUGCAGCUUGACAUGCUGCUCCUCUCGCGAAGCAAGAAGGUCAAGAUCCACCGCCUCGCCCGUCUGGACAGCUACCAGUCGCCGUUUCCCGUCGUCAAGUUCCCUUGGAAGGCGCUUGAGCUGCUGUCUGGGGCGUCUGAUUUGACCAAAGCAACGGAUGUGUGGGCAUUCGGUGUCGUCAUGUGGGAGCUGCUGACCAAUGGCCAGAAGCCGUUCGCGGGCAUGUCGGAGCAAGACGUGCUGGCCAUGCUAUCGUCAGGCCAACGGCUAUCGCCGCCGUCAGCAGCAAACGACCGCAUGCGUGCGUUGAUGAUGAGUUGCUGGCACCAGACGCCUGCCCAUCGCCCCGUCUUUCCCGAUUUGGUGGACCGCCUCGAGAGCGAGAUCGCCAUCCAGCGCGGUGCAAUGGAACACCACAAGGCGCAGCUGAACAAGAAGUACAACUUUGGCGGUCCAUCGUAACGUGGUCUCACCUCCUCGUCUCCCUUUGUUUCUGUGAUUGUAAUCGACCAAACACGCAUUCCACGUCCCUCCAUCCAGUUCAUGCAUCAUCAUCAUGUCAAGCCUUCUUCUACCUUGUUGCUCGUAGAGCUUGCCCCCCCCCCUCCUGUUCUCCUGCCCUUGGUUAUGGCUUAGCCGAACGCGUGGGUGUGUAUGUGUGUGUAAUAAACGACGCCAAUGACCG